AUGGCUGCCUUGCCUCCUGGUCGCGUUCGUGGCAAACUAUCAGACGAGAGGCCACCGAUGGAGAUGGACAAUCGUCGUAAAAAGUACACGUCCACUGUGCCAGGCAACAAUUGGCCCAGAGAAAUGCACCCUAAUGGCGCACGGUACACCGACUCGAACACUUAUCAACAGGAUUGCACCAGCGAACACGACGUUAAAUUUCUGGGAGAGAGAACUUCCGAGGAAACUGUCGUCGAGGUGGAGGAAACGGGAAUUAAUAAGAAUAAAUUGCACGGUUAUCCAGACGAGCCACUCUACGUUCCUGCGCGCCAUAACAACGCUAAUCUGCGUGGAAAACAUUCGCGUUUCAAUGACUGCACCGAGACGAACGUUCCCGAUGCAAUGGUAACGAUGCAGAAGUUGCAAAAAUUGAGAGAACUGCAAAUGAAACGGGACAUGAACGAGAGAUACUACUCGCAAGAGAUCAAACGACUGAUCGGGGAGUAUUACUUCGGCCCCAAGAUGGCGUCGCCGGCGCUGAGGGCUCACGGGAAAUUGCAAAGCGCCAGCUUUCAGCCCCACACCGAAAAUCGACCGAGAAACAGCUUGGAACCAUGUGGGACAAUGACGACGAUCACGAGACUGAAUUGUGGGUGUAUUCAAGAGACGACUAGGCCGAUUUUCACGACAUCCAAGGGUCGCGUGCAGAAGAGAGUCUGCAGCCAGGUGGAGGACGAGGAGCAAAUUUUGAAACUGAUCUCGUCGAACCUCCAAGAGCAUCUGACAUCGCCUUUGGAGCAACGGAGGAACAGACAAAAGGGUAAAUCGAAGAAGCACUAUUUGGACGCGCGAACGUUCGCGAAAACUCCGCCAGAUGGCGAUCAGAGCUUCGAAAUGGAGGAGAAACGAAUCGACGCGGAGGAAACGGAGAUUCCGGAUCGCGUGUCGAGGAGCCCGUCGCCUCGUGAAAAAUUUAGCAACACCUCCACGACCACCAACUGA